UGAAACAGUAGUACCAGUGUAAACACAGAUUGCCGCGAUCAUUUUUUUUUGGCCAGGAGAUCCAUCUUAGUUCGGUGUGAAGAUCAGAUGGCAAACAUGAUUGCUGCAACUGGAGGCAGUCAAGCUCCAGUUGGUAGCGUUGGAAUUAUCGGAGGCGAUGGGCGGAUGGGUGCGGUAUUCGCGAAAGUGUUUGCUGAAUUCGUGCCAGAAGUGCAGUGCACAAAAACCUGCUGGACUUCUUCGAACUCAAGUUCGAGCGACGGGAAAAUCACAAAAAGGGUCGACGAACACCAGCAAGCGCUGGAGAACCGGCGCGUGCUGGAAAGCGCGGAGCUGGUCAUAUUUGCAGUGCCGCUGAGUGCAACCGUGAAGACGAUAGAAAGGCUCGCGCCUUUUGUGCGCGAGGAUCAAAUCUUGCUGGAUUUGACCUCGCUGAAGGUACAGCCGUGCAACGCCAUGGCGCAGACGAAAGCACAAACCGUGAUAGGUGGGCAUCCCAUGUUCGGACCUUCGACCGCCCUGCGGGAUCAGAAUUUUGUUCUUUGUCCCGUCCGAAUCGACGGGAACGAAGAAACUACAGGGACAAACAGCAAAAGUUUCGCGUGUCAAGAUGAUCACCCCCUCUCGGUAUCACUUGUGGACCAGUCGAAGAGCAGCAGCAGCUGCACGGAGAAAGAGCCACGAGGAAGCAGUCCGCGCGCGAAACGACAAAAGUUGGAAAGCGCAAAGCCUAUGCAGUCAGUAGCGCAGACGAGGAGUGACCACGACGCAGCAGCCGGCAGAACAGGGAAGGCACCGACCACACAGAAGCCAAGAGGCGAUGAUCGGGGUGCUCGAGCCUUAGACUGGCUCAAGAACGUCGUGUUCAAAGAUUGCCGCUUGUUGCAGACCACGCCAGAGCGGCACGACAAGAUCACCGCGGUCACGCAGAGUUUGGUGCACCUGACAAGUCUGUGCUUCGUUGACACGUUGCAGAAAGCCGACAUUUCCCUCGCUGAAAUGUACCAGUUUGCGACGCCGGUUUUCCGGGCACAGAUGCUUUCGGUCGGCCGAAACUGCGGUAUGCAACCGGAGCUCUUCGCCGGUCUGCAAAACGAAAAUCCAGAGUACGGGCAGGUACUUGCGGUCUUCCGCCAAUCCGUUUUAGAACUGUCCGGAGCUGGGGAGAAACACAGGGGCGGUCAGGUAGUGACCGCGAGUCCGCGCGUCAUCGAAGAGAAACUGCAGUGCGCCUUAAAGUUUUUGGGACCCGGCAGAGACGGAUUGAGCAGUUUGCUUUCGCAGGUUACGCCACUGCUUGCGACGGCUAGCACUACGGUAGUAGCACACGAAACACGACAGUGAGUGAUGAUGAGGACAUUGUUCUUUGUAGUGCCACUUUCAUGUCGCCACACUAUCCAUGAUUGUGGUUUUGCGCUGCAUUUUUAUCCGGCUGGGCUUUGUCGCCGACAGCAAAUUUUUGCGUAGCGUGUCAGCCACAGCAUGCUUGCGAAGUGAAAAAGCAGACCAGACCUAACAAGAGUUGACAGAUACUCAGAUACUGGCCCGCAUUGACGGUAGCUCGAUAUGCGCUCGUCGUGGGCUUUCAGCGGUUCUCCUCACAUAAAAGCAUCGCGCUUGUGAUCACUGUGAGUCACUUUGUGGCAACUUUUCGACGUCUUUUUCUCAGCUUUUGCGCCUCACUCACCAGCAUUAAUGGCGAGGGCCGGCGUGAUCGUGGCCGCGGCUGCCAGGCCGGCGCCUAUCGCCGCAAGAGCGGAGAAAUCCAUGGCGCGCAGGCGUUGCGUGUGCGUUUACCUAAGCGCACGCGAAUGGCCA